GCCUGCACUACCCUCCCUCUCCCAGCCUGCACUACCCUCCCUCUCCCAGCCUGCACUACCCUCCCUCUCCCAGCCUGCCAGCACCAUGCCCUCUGCCUUCACCCAGGCACUGAGCCAAGUCACCAAGGCCCCCAGCAGUGUCCCCAUCCUGGGUGGAGCGAGCCUGUUUGGAAUGGUCAAUCCACUGACUGCCCCGUCCUCCUCACCGGCCCCCACCACUACCACAACCGCCACCACAGAAACAACCAGUAGUAAUAAUCCCCUCCUGUCCUCUGGGUUCAAGCCCAUCUUCGGGGCCACGGCCUCAGCCCCAGAGGGCACACCUGCUCUUCCCACCUUUAAACCCAUAUUUGGAAGUGCCACAGCCACCAGUGCUUUUGGACAGCCAGCCUCCACCUCAGCCCCCUCCAAUGCCAGUGCAUCUGCCACAGUGUUCAGCAGGCUAACCAACAGCAGUWCAGUGGCCCCAGCUGCCUCCCUGUUCACCGGGCUGUCUAAUAGCACCGCCCCCUCCACCAACCCAGCCGCCCCGCCAUCUGUCAAGUCUCUGUUUGGAAACUGGAGUGCGCUGCCUGCAACAACUGCUGCCACAACCACUGCCACAGGAAGUACCUUCCAGUUCGGCACUGCCUCCACCACAGCUCCUGGACCCACCCUCAGCUCCACCGCAGCCGCCACCACUAGCAACAGCGGCUUUUCGUUUGGUGCGAUGACCACCACCUCUGCCGACACUCAACUCGCACCCUCAGCCACCGCCCAGGGGGGAUUCACCUUUGGCCAGCCUGUAGCCACCCAGAACUCUACCACCGCAUCCUUCUGUGGCUUUGGCAUGGCCACUGCAGCCRCWGCYACUGCUUCUGCACCUGCAAACCAGUCCACUUUCACGUUUGGGAAGUCGUCGUUCGAAGCUCCGGUGGCAUCGGCGUUCCCCAGUGCGAUUCAGGCCCCGGCUGCUACUGCGGCAGCUAAUCCUUUCACGUUUGGUUCAUCUGCCACUGGGGCCACCCCUGCCCCUUUUGCUUUUGGCGCGGCUGCCACUACGGCGGCCUCUACCUUUGGGACCACCACUAAGCUGGCAUUUGGAGCCAACUCCACAGGUUUUGCAUUUGGCAACACCACGGGCACCACAGCAGCCCCUGCCUUUGGCUCUGCCACCCAGACUGUCGGCAUACUCCCAGCCUCCGCYCCAACUUUCUCGUUUGGUGGUGUGUCCACACAGCAGGCCCCUGCUACCCCUGCCCAGCCAGCCACCGGAGGUUUCAACUUCGGCACAGCCAUUUCAGGCACUCAGUUUGGAACCUCUAACCCCACAACAMAGACACCAGGCUUCAACUUUGGGACGUCUACCCCUGCUUUUGGCCAGAGCACAGCUGCAGGUCCUGUCCCCUUUGGAAGCCCAGGAACUCCAGUUCAAGGAUUCAGUGCUAUGGGAUCCUCAUCAUUCGGCUCUCCAUCAGCUCCUUCGUUCUCCAUUGGCGCUGGCUCCAAAACAUCAGGGGCGCGCCAGAGGCUACAGGCCCGACGGCAGCACCCCAGGAAGAAGUAGCCCAGCCAGGUGUGGUAGCAUCUGGCAUAGCCCGGAUGCCCUUACCCAUACAGCACUGCCAUGACAUCGUCCAGAGGAGCUGAACUGAUACUUCUAUGGCUAACACAUUGUAACCCCAGUCAGACCAACAGCCCUCUCUAGCCUUCUGUUCCCCUGGCCGGGCUGGCCCCCUUUGUGGUACAGGGUUAGCAGAGGAGCACACACACCUACUAGGAUGGCUCUACUGAUUGUGUAGCCACUCUCACAGUGAGGAAAAGAAAGGGGGAUAUGAGGCAAAACGAUAGUGGGUUUAUACUUGAAAGAGAAAAGACUAUUGAAAUCCUUUAGACUUUGAGGGAAGCAUAUCCAAUUAAAACAACUUUCUGUCCCGGCUUUUGGAUUUCCCCUACUACGCCCGUUUAAUGACACGUUUUUGACAGUYGAAUCGAGACUCGUGCUUACACACUUGUUUUUGUAUGAAAUUCUAAGCAGGGCUGAAUGUGUUUUUCUGACAWAUGCCCACGGUCAAAAUGGGGCUCACAUACAGUAUAAUCUGUGGAUUUAUCCAGCUGUACAUGGUAACCAUACUAUAUAGGAGAUGUUGACAGUUUUGAGAUAAUGAAUUUAUUUUACAUUUUAAAGACAUUUUUAAUUUGGGUUAAUGAAGACUGGUAUGUGGCAUCUCUGCACUAGUUAGGCCUUAGCUGUUUUAAAUGAGUGCUCAGUGUAUUGGUCCCAGAUAUGCCCUUUUAUUAUUGUACAGUAUCACAGACACUGGGAAGCAUUCCUGCAAUGUAAAUUUGAUACUUGUUUGAUCCUGAAUGACAGAAUAAGGUAAACAAUAAAAUCCUUAAUCAGACUGCCAUCAUGGGAUCAGUUAAACAUAACACAUGUAUACAUUAUGUGGAGUCCCAGGGUAGUAGUCAUUAAUUGGUCAAUAUUGUGUUGGUGUAAAUAGGUUACCCUGGACUUGUGGAGAAAACCAAAGCCAAUACUUAAGGUUUGACCUUCAAAAUAAUCUCUUCUACCACUUAGACCUUUCAUGGGUCCUUUUUGUACUAGACUAUCUCUCCUUUUCCCCCACUACUCCUGCUCUCACCUUAGUGAAGAUGGGAGGUGGGGGCAUUCAAAACAGAUCUGGGGACUGGUUGAGAAUCUUAACAAAUCCUUCCUUUUUUCCUUGAAGUAACUUCUCCUGAGGAUUGUAUUACAUUGGCUGGGUAAAAGCCAGCUACUGUACUGUCCACCUAUCCUAACCUAGGUAUUACUACAAGGAAAUAAGGAUGCAUUUUAUACGUGGUCAUUAAGAGCAGGUGUGUGUUAUGGGAGCGAUGAGUAACGUGGUCCUUGAGAGCCAUAGGGGAUGGAGUCUUCCCCAGCACUGAAYACAGAUUCAACUAGUCAGUCUUGAUUGAUGAUGACCCUGCUUGAUCAGUGAAAGCCAGUGUUGUAAGUGUUCCUCACAAUGACAUGGCACAGAACAAUUUCUAUCUUGAAUGCCAGCCUCCACCUUCAUCUGACUGGCAAUGAUAGAAACUACAAACAUCUGGGCACUGUACCACAAGACCCCUGCAUCUGUAUACUAUCAAGACCAAGAUGAGUGCAUUUAUAAGAUCAUUGAAUUUGGAGUUUACAUGCUCCCCUCUUAAGCGUUGCAGAUAGACAUACUUUACGUGCGCCUUCAGCCGUCAAACCGCUUUCCCCUCCCCUGUAUGAUUCCCCUCAAGUCUUUUCUGGUGUUUUUAGCUUGUUACUAUCUUUGCCUCGGUGAGUCUGGCUUGGAGGAAGUAAUGUGGUGAAUGGCGGCAUAUUGCUAGUGCCGGACGUGGUUUUACCCGCAUGCUCAAUGGGUGAGGUUCUGAGUUUUGUUGGGACUUUUUUUAACAAUUUAUUGAUGAAUGUGUUUGAGUGUGUCAAUACAACUGGAUUCACAAAUGUGCACAGCAGGAGAGGUGUUAUUUUCAUUAAUGCUGGAUCAAAACUCAGGACUAAAGGAACUGGAGGGGAAUUGUCUUUCAAGUCAAACCUAACUCUUUGUGUGCUAAACAUGACUAACCAUGUAGGUUACAAAAAUUACCUCGGGUGUUGAAUCGGUUCGCCCCUCUUGAGACAGAACUAGGAUUUUGAAUACUAAUUUUUAAUCGGAACCUCUCCUGGUCGAGCCAAUUAGGCUAGUUAUUGUGAGAGGUGUAUGAAUGUGUGUGGGGGGGCAUGAUUUGGCUAAAUAGUGUCAAUGUACACAAACUUUAUUUUUGUAUUAAGGCAGGUUGCCUUUUAGAAUUCCUUCAAGCUUGGCUCACUGAGACAAUUGGUCUAGUUUAUAGAAUUUUUCUAGUUCGUUAAGGUUUCCUCAACCGUAAUGAAAUUGUGGAAUAAAAGCGUCUAAAAGUUUCCCUUUUGUAAGAGCUCCACUUUUUUAUAGGAGAGCAUACUGGGUCUGCUACUGUAUGGGUUACUGUAAAUGAAUGCUGUCUGUCUGAUCAUUGUGUACAGUAUAAGCCUGACAAACGUGAAUUGUGUUGCUUUAGACUUGAAUGAGACUUGUGGCUUUGUGUGUUACUGUGUGAGGUGUGUGUGUAUAGAAAGACUGACUUGAAUGUGAGUUUAUUUUUGCUGGGACUAAAGUACCCUGUUCAUUCUUUUAAAUUAUAUUUUAAUUAUGCAUCAUUCCACAAUGUAACCAUGUAUGAUACCCAUGUUAUACUUAAAUCCCUUUUAAAACAAUUGAUAGCACCCCACCUCAGUUAUCUGGAAGUGAAGUGAGAUCAAUGAAGUCUGCCCUGUGGUCAUUUUUGACUGACAGCUUUUGAAACAAGGCUGUUUUUGUUUUGCUCAGUUUACCAGGCUUGUUUUUACAUCUUGUGAUAUCUGCUUAUGACAGAUCGGUGGACAAUGUGCUGAAGGUCAACUCAARCCAUAUUGAAUGGCCUGGCCACCUUGUUUGUUCCCAUAGACAAGACUUUAUAAUUGUCUUAUCUUGUUGGUCCAGAUCUUGCGUAUGCACAAUACAUUGAAUGUAGUAUAUUUAACCACACUGUCACAUUUUUGGGUUCAUAAUCCAUUGACACUUUUGUGCUUUACCCAUUUGUAAAUCGAACAGUCAUUUACCCUUGUGCAGAGCUGUGUAAAUAAGUAAUGUUUAACAUUUGGACUUAUGGCUGUACUUACCUGUGGAUUUAAUCAAGGGCCAAGGCUUUACCAUGUGUUUUUAUUUUGUUGAAGCUUCAAAUGACAUGAAAUGUUGACUUUUUAAAACAUGCAAAGUGUUCGAGCUGGACGUCUUAAAUUGAGUGUUUGAGAGGUAUAUUACUGUGAAUGGGAACGCAAACAUCUGCUCACAAUGGGCAAUUCGAGAGGAGAGUGAAUGUGCAGACAUGGGCAGCGUAUUAUAACAUUCUCCCCUCUGCUCAUGUCUUAAAUGUACUGGUUUUAAAUAAAAUGUGAUAAAGA